UCGCACGGCAACAGCUGUUUGUGGCAUGCACUUGACGUAACUUAAGGCCAAGUUUUGUUUUGUUUGAAUUUAGUUGUAGCCGAAAAGCGUUUCAAAACCGGUUUGUAGUCUUUCACAUAAACUGCAGCAACAUCACCGAGCGUCAACAUACAGUUGUUUCUCAUACAGUCACAAACGCUGAGCAAAAGAAAGUUUUGACGCAAUAACAUGGCCGUUACUUGUAAUUUGUAAUGAAGAAGCGUCGUCGUCGUGCGGCCGCGCAGCUCAACAGUUACCGCUGCACUCUGACAGCGAACAGUCGAAUAUAUUGACGAGCUACUUAACUGAAUUUUUGGCAUAGUUGUAAGCAUCAGCCCUGCCAACCAGACAAGACAACAGCCACAACAACAAUAAAAGAGAAAUUGCUGAUAAGACGAUAAACAGUGACCCAUCUCUGAAUGAAUGAAAGAAUCUGUGUACCAAGUUUAACUGAAACCUGUGUUAAAAUUGGCGCGCAGGAGAAUGUAGAGAAACUGAAAAUAAGUACAAUCCCAGCCAUAUAAGGGUACUCAGGUUGAAAGAUACGAUUAAAGCGUGCUCCAGUGGGCAUGACACCUUACAUGCCAUUGAAGACGCAAACUCAAACGAAGACGCAGCCACAGCAAUAAAAGUGAAAUCGCACACUCACAAGCACUUUCAUUGACAUCGGUCGAGCUAGCGCGAAUAGAGAGCGAUCAAUAUGACGCCGGCAGUAACAGGCAGCACAACAUGUACCAAGCCCACAAGCCCAACGGUCAGUCAGCGGCGCAAGCACAGCGCACGUGAGCAACUGCAGCAAAUAAUUGCCGGUGGACUAUCAGCAGCUAUAACGCGUUCCACUUGCCAGCCCCUGGAUGUACUCAAAAUCCGUUUUCAGCUGCAGGUGGAGCCGUUCAAGGCAGCUGUUCCAUCAAUGCAGCCGUCUUCCAAAAGUUACCUUCCACUGCAUUCCUCCAAAUACACAUCCAUACAUCAAGCUGUGCGCACCAUUUAUCGGGAGGAAGGACUAUUGGCCUUCUGGAAGGGUCAUAAUCCCGCCCAAGUGCUGAGUAUUAUGUACGGGAUUUGUCAGUUCUGGACUUACGAGCAGCUAAGCCUUCUGGCCAAGCAAACCACUUACCUCAAGGAUCAUCAGCAUCUUUCAAAUUUCAUAUGCGGAGCUUCUGCUGGAGCGGCAGCAGUUAUAAUUUCCACGCCGUUAGAUGUCAUACGGACACGCCUUAUCGCACAGGAUACUAGCAAAGGAUAUCGAAAUGCAACACGUGCCGUCACUGCCAUUGUGCGACACGAGGGAAUCCGCGGCAUGUAUCGAGGCUUAUCGUCGGCCCUCUUGCAAAUCGCCCCCUUGAUGGGCACCAACUUUAUGGCUUAUCGUUUGUUUAGCGAGUCGGCAUGCAACUUUUUUGAAGUGGAAGAUCGUACCAAGCUGCCUACUUGGACACUCUUGAUGCUGGGCGCUUCAUCGGGCAUGCUGUCGAAAACAAUUGUCUAUCCCUUUGACUUGGUUAAAAAGCGUCUGCAAAUCCAAGGCUUUGAGCAGAACCGCCAAACAUUCGGACAAACACUAAAGUGCAAUGGAGUUUGGGAUUGUCUGCAGCUGACGGUGCGGCAGGAGGGUGUACGGGGUCUCUACAAAGGUGUUGCUCCCACGCUCCUGAAAUCUAGCAUGACGACGGCAUUGUAUUUUAGUAUUUACGACAAGCUAAAACAGGUGCGCUUCUGGUAGGUGCUACGGAACAAUCUUUUUCUAUUUAACAAUUAAGUAGUGAAACAGUUCACAGCACAGAAUCUAUUUUUUAUAUGCAAUUUACAAUGAAUGCUGUAAAUGAUAUUAAGCAUAGUGUCUCUGUUAAUUAGUUAUUAGCACGGGUUUGUUUUAUGUUUAUAAGAUAGUUUAUAGUUAAUACCAUG